GAAGUGUGCAUUAAGCAAUUUGGACCCAAAGAGUAGGUUCACUCCCACCGUUAAUAACAAGGUCCAGCGUUGAUCUCAUUCUGUAAAUCGUCAAAACGCGGGAAUUCCAGCCGUUUUUGUGAUAAUCAAACGACUUUGUUUGGUAUCUCUGUCCUGGGCUGCCGCCAUGCCUAUUGUUUAAGCGCUCUCUCUCUCUAAGAAUCAAAAACCUUGGCGGAAAAAAGGGGAAAAUGGGAACGAGAUCGAAUUUCUACAAGAAUCCUUCCCUCUCUUACAAGAAAGAUUUAAGUCUCUCAUCUGCUCUCCAAAACCUAAAAGCUUAUAAUAUCGCCACCGGCAAUGCUCCUCCUCUGGUCGAAGAAAAAUCUCAAGUCGACGAUAAAAGCGCGUGCAGGAAACGCUCGAGAGAGCGUGAGCCAUUGUCACAGCUGCCUCAUCGUAGCCGUGAAAUUGAAGACAAUGAUGGACCUAUGUCUCAUCAUGAUUACAUUCUAAAAAGAAGGAGAGAAGUUAGUUUAUCUCAGGGUUACGACGAACUGAGUGCUGAUAUUUUGCAAGCUUCGAAUUCGAGUGUAAAUUUGGUAGACUAUGAAAGUGAUGGAAGUGCUUCUUCCAACGAUAAAGAAACUCAGGAUCCUCCAGAUUCUGGUGAUGCAAAUGAAGUAGAUCAGGUUAAGAGCAGAAGUGAGCAACGAUUUCCUCUUCCGGGUGAACCUGUAUGUGUAGUUUGUGGUAGAUAUGGAGAAUAUAUAUGUGAUAAGACUGAUGAUGACAUUUGCAGCAUGGAGUGCAAAUCUGCUCUUCUGCAAAGCCUUCAAAUAACUGAGAAAUCUAUGAGCAAUCGGAAUCCAUCUCAGUCGUCAUCUGAUCUUACAUCUAUUUCUCAUUUGCCUGAGCUUGCGGAGGACACUUGGGAUUACAACAACCAUCGCUGGUCCCAAAGGGGAUCUAGUCUUUGUAGUUACAAAUGUUGGAAAUGCAAGAGGCCUGGACACCUUGCUGACGAUUGCUUGGUCACCACACCCGAGCAGGCAGUGUCGAAGCACAGCAAGCCCAUAGCCAGAGAUCUUCUUGAACUGUACAGAAGAUGCCAUCGCAUAGGUGAAAACUUAUCUCAUGCAAGCUGUAAUGCAUGCCGUGGCUCAAUUGGCCUAGCAACAUGCCUUGAUUGCAGCACUGUUGUCUGUGACAAUGAAGGUCAUUUGAAUGAACAUAUCCAUACCCAUCCAUCCCAUAAACAGUACUACUCACAUAAACUCAAGCGACUGGUGAAAUGCUGCAAGUCAACAUGCGAGGUGACUGACAUUAAUGAUCUUUUGAUUUGCCACUACUGCUUCGAUAAAGCAUUUGACAAAUUCUAUGAUAUGUAUACGGCAACUUGGAAAGGGGCUGGACUUUCAAUGAUUUGGGGUUCCAUUUGUUGUGAAGAUCACUUUGCUUGGCAUAGGAUGGACUGCUUAAAUGCUGAUAUCGAGGACCGAGCAUAUAUAAUUGGCAGAAAUACAGGGAAAGGGAAACAUGUACAGCUCAGUGACUUCAUUUUCUAACAGUGUUGAGAGGUAAAUAGCCUCUUAUUGGCAUAUUCCUCCCAAAUACAAUAUUUAUGGCAAAAGAGCUUUGGUUUUAAAUUUAUGAUUAGUUUGCCCGCAAAAAUGUACAUAAAUUUUGUAUGAUUCAGCCUUUUAAAGCAGUUGAUGAUUUUGUCUUCUGAUUUAUUUAUUUAUUUUAUUUUUUGGGAUCUUGAUUGCGAUUUGUUUGAACUCCAGUUUAGGCUGGACUGGGCUCGGGCCAGUCCAGAUAGAAGCGAUUUAGUUCUUUUUAAAAUAAAUGGAGCGAUUUAGUUUAUUUAUUAUUCAAAAGUAAA